AUGAGUCCAAAAAUUUGGCUUCAGCCCUCCAUGCAGACAUUACCCUCGACCCCAAGCACUAUCACAACGACAGAGGGAAGACCGGCUAUGUCCUCAACAACCGCUCCCGAUUUGGCACCUUUGAGGAAAUCGUGUGACGCCUGCAAUCUGGCCAAGGUUAAAUGUUCAAAAGACCAACCAUCAUGUAGACGAUGCGACAUCCGUGGUGUGCGCUGUGUCUACAGCAUCAGCCUACGAUCGGCAAAACGACACCGAAAUGUUGAUCCAAAUAGCCACAGUAUUGCCAGUCCGUCGCAAGCUAUAGGCCCUUCAGAGAUGUCGCCUCGACAAAGCCCACUACCGUUUGGGGGGACACAGUUGGACGAGUGGGACUUUGGAUAUAGUGCGGGCUUUUUUCGGGAGGGGAACAGCCAUGAUAAUGAUGUAUUGGGUAUAUUUUCCCGCGAGGUUCAACUACCUAGCACAUUUCAUCACCCCGCCUCUGUACCCUCGAGUAACCAAGUUCCGGUAUAUGCCAAUUCGUGGACUACCGCCACACCUGCUACUUCGGUCUCCACGGAGUCUACAACAACAACGACGACCCCAAGAUCAUCGACAACCACUGUUUCCUCUUCGCCUUCUUCUUAUUCUCCCCGGCCGUGUGCCUGCCAGCGCGAUAUCGUGAGGAAACUCGCCGAAUUCAACGCUCGCAAUUUGCAAGAUGGCAUGCUUCUCGACGACAUAUUAACAGAAAACAAGGCCUCGAUGGCCGUCUGCCGGUCUGUCAUGGAGUGCUGUGACCUACAACAUAACAAUGACCUAUUACUGCAAGUUGAGCUGGCCGCUCUGCUAGGACACAUGAUAGCCGUUUGGGAUCGUGCUUUCCAAUACCUCAGCGAUCCCUCUUUCCAGUCUGUACGAUUCACCUUCGGCUCUUAUCAGUUGGAUCAGCCCGAAGAGAGACUCUUACAGACGAAUCUAGUGAAAAUUGAGAUGGCUAAGAUGAGCUCCUUACUCGACGAUUUUGAUCGAAGAUUUUGCGCCUCCAAUAAUUCCAGACCGGGGGAUAAUCCACACCCUGCAGCAUCAUUACUCGCGCAUCUUAAGCAGAAACUCCAAUUCGAUUUCGAAAUUCCGCCGUCUUGGACCUCAUGGAGGUAA